AUCAGAAUCAAACAAAGUAUUUUGUAAACAAACAAAAAAGCUUCGAAUUCUUCGUUUUUUAAAGUUUUUGCAAAUUUGAAUGUAUGCAUUGCUACAUUGAACACUGUUGAAUGCGUCAAAUUAUGUGAGAUAUAAUUACCCACCCCACCUUUGGUAAUGAUAAAUGUUUUCGGAAUUUUAUCAUUUCUAAAUUUAGAUGUUCAGAAGUGAGUACCUUAUAAGGUAUUAACCGGCUGAAUAAUCAAUAGACCGUGUAGGCCUAUGUACAAACAAAAUUUUGUAAUUUUUCGUACAAACAAUAGUUUGGCCACUGCAGUAUUGGGGAUCAUUUUCCGGAGAAGGUUACAGUACUAGUUGUUUGUAGAGAAGUCACACAAUGGAGGCACAUGAGACAGAAGAAGAUCUCGAUGACCAGUUUGACUCUAUGAUUAAAAUGAAUGACCCUUUCCUAGAAAUAUUGAUUCCAGAAGGGGAACCAAGCAUCUAUUCAGCCAUACGUUAUGGGGAUGAUGACAUGGUGAAGAGGCAGAUUCAUGAAGGAGUUGACUUGAAUAGAAAAUUUGAAGGUGGUAUAUACAAAAUAAAGAACAAUACAAUGGCUCAUAGGAUGCAGACCAAGUGUUAUUCAGUGCUCCAUUUAGCAGCUCUUCAUUCAUCAUGUCAGGUUAUAGAGACAUUAUUAGACAAUGGUUCAGACAUAGACAUUCUAGAUGAGCAGCAUAGGACAUCUCUUCAUUUUGCCAUCGUUGCCUGUAGAACUUCUGUGAUCAAAUUACUCAUCGCAAAAGGAGCUAAUAUUGAUGUACAGUCAUCAAGUGGUCGUUCCCCUUUGCUUGAAUCUGUGAUUAAUGGUAGUUUUGAUAUUGCUAAGAUUCUGAUAGAGGCUGGUGCCCAGCUUGAUCUGGUUGACACGAAAGGAACAUCAGUCUUACAUCAACUGAGUUUUAACAGAGAUAUAAACUUGUCCAUGAUCCAACUUGUCUUGGAAAAAAAAGGUGAUCCAAACAUAAAAAAUCAUAAAGGAGGUACACCUUUAAUGUUUGCUGCAUCGUUGAAGAGACAUUUUAGUGUUGAUCUGAUAAAACUCCUCCUUCAGUAUGGUGCUGAUAUUAAUUUGACUGAUAAUAAUGGCAGGUCAGCUAUACAUUUUGCAGUGGAGCAUAAAUCAACAUUCAAGCACUUGGUGAACAUAUUGUUUUUCCUGAUUCAACAUGGAGCUUCCAUCAAUACACCUGAUAAAUCUGGGAAAAUGGUUUUGGAUCAUGCAAUAAAAACUAUGGCAUUAUCAACAGUUAAAUGUUUACUGAAGGCCGACUGUCCACGCAAUGUCAGCCAGAUUAUGGAGAGUCCAAAUAUUGUGUAUCUAUGUGAACAAGUUCCUGAUUUUAAACAUUGGCUUAUGGAAGAAUUGUAUCAGCCGAGGUCAUUGAUGAGACUGUGUCGGGGAACCUUGAGGGACUGUCUGAGCCCUGCAAAUCUCACUAAACUACAUUUACUUGACAUACCAAGACAGUUGCAGGAUUUUCUUCUGUGUAAAGAUUUACAUGGAAGCAUGUUUUCAUAGUCAGUUAUGAACUAAAUCUUUAUUUCAUUAUAUUGGUGCUUACUGACAACGCUGAUGGAAUUUUGAAUUGACAUACAUUCACUUGAAUGGAUUUAACAAUAUGAAACCAAUGUAUAAAAUGAUCAAAAACAGCUGGAAUAUUAGAUUAUUUGCAUGCAUUGUCAAUGGUACAAAUUUCCCAAAGUGUCUGGAUUUUGCUCAAAUUUACUUUUUCAGUUUACACAAUAUCUUAUUCAACAUGAAUACACAUGCAUAAACAAUAAGUAUAUAAUCUAAACACAGUGAAAAAUAUUAGUGGACUGGGAAACGAGUCAAGGUUGACUUAUGUAGAUUCAUUUCCACAACUUUUUUUUCUUAAGGUUGUAAUAACAAAUUUUAUUUAAAAGUUAGACUUUUAUUUGUUUCUAAACUUACGAGGGUGCUGUGAUGUGCAUUUUCUGAAGUUACAUUGCUUACUUUUGAAGCAAUACCAUUGUUAACUUUUCAUUGUUAAAAAUAAAUAUUCAGAAUUUAAAGAAAUAAUUAACAUGAUUUAUGCCAUGAUUUUGUAGUAAUUAUCAAUAUUUCUACUAUGUUACUAACACAGUAAGGACUAUUUUGCAUAUUCUGACAUGUGAUUGGUAAUUUUAGUAGAUUUUAAUUGCUAUUUGGAUUGUAUUAAUUACUUUUUUUUGUUCAUUUGACAAUGUUUUACAUGUUAAUACAUUAUAAAAAUCUUCAUGAUAUUAGCAUGAAUCUAUAGGUGUGCCGCUUUAAGCUUCUAUGUUUUGGAUAGGGUUAGUUUGGCAAAGGUGUUGGGUUUGCCAUGUAUUGUGGGUGGGUGAGUUUGGCAAAGGGUUAGGGGUGGACUUUACAUGAUACAUGUAUUCCGGGUAGGUGAGAUUGGCAAAGGGUUUGGGUGGACUUUACAUGAUACAUGUAUUGCGGGUGGGUGAGAUUGGCAAAGGGUUUGGGGUGGACUUUACAUGAUACAUGUAUUGCGGGUGGAUGAGAUUGGCAAAGGGUUUGGGGUGGACUUUACAUGAUACAUGUAUUGCGGGUAUGUGAGAUUGGCAAAGGGUUUGGGGUGGACUUUACAUGAUACAUGUAUUGUGGGUGGGUGAGAUUGGCAAAGGGUUUGGGGUGGACUUUACAUGAUACAUGUUUUGCGGGUAGGUGAGAUUGGCAAAGGGUUUGGGGUGGUCUUUACAUGAUACAUGUAUUGCGGGUGGGUGAGAUUGGCAAAGGGUUUGGGGUGGAGUUUACAUGAUACAUGUAUUGUGAGAAGUGAGUUUGACAUGGGAAGAGGGGUGUUAAUACACGAUAUGUGAACCGUUAGUGGGUGUGUUCAACAUCAGGGGCGGAGUUUAUAUGACAUUUGCAUUGUGAGUGGGUGUGUUCACAACUAGGUGUGGAGCUUACAACAGAUCGUGAGAUAAAGUAUAUUAAAUUAUAUGUUAAUAUACUUAGUCAUGAUCUGAAUGUAUAAUUAAUGUUAGAAUUUUUUGGACUGUUCAUUUCAAAAUGAGAUUCUUCAGUAAUUGUUUUAUUUACUUAUUUUUUUGUCAUUAAGUUUGAUAUUUAUUGUUAAUGUUUUUUUUUGUGCCCCCACUAUGGGGGGGGGGAGACAUUUAGAUUUACCCUCGUCCGUC